AUGAUUAACAUAAGGGUAGCAGUAAGAAUAAGACCAUUUUCAAAAAGAGAAAUAUUAGAAAACGAUGAAAUCGUAGUACAAAAGGAGGGAAAAUCAGUUCUUGUUACAAAUCCGAAGAUAUUUGAAAAACAAGAAGGAAAAACUAAAAAAAGAACUAAUAAAUUCGUCGUUGAUUUUUGUUACGAUUCAAAAGAUCCACAAACUUCAAAUCAAGAAGCCGUAUAUAAUGAAAUCGGAUCAGAAGUCCUUGAUUCUCUUUUAGGAGGAUACAACUCAUGUGUUUUAGCAUACGGACACAGCGCUUCAGGUAAAACAUACACAAUGAUGGGAACAUUAGAGGAUCCAGGUUUGAUUCCUCGUUUGUGUCAAGGAUUAUUUGACAAAAAAGAUGAGAAAACAAAAUGUCAAUUUCAUGUUACUGUUAGUUUUUUUGAAAUUUACAAUGAAAAAGUACGAGAUUUACUAGUAUUUGAUGAUGAUAGAAGUGAACAUAAUUUGAGUAAUUUUUCUCUAAGAGUUCGUGAACAUCCUAAACUCGGUCCUUACGUACAAAAUUUAUCACAACAUGGCGUCACGUGUAAAAGCGAAGUAUUGGAAUUAUUAAAAAUUGGAAAUAAGAGGAGGAGUACGGCGACAACGGAAAAUAAUACUUAUUCAAGUCGAAGUCAUUCGGUUUUUACAUUAAUUUUUAAAGAAAAUGAUAAAAAAUUUGAAAUUGAAAAAUGUAGUAAAGUUCAUUUGGUUGAUUUAGCCGGAAGUGAAAGAGCAAGUAAAGUACAAAACAAAACGAGAUUAAAAGAAGGAGCAAAUAUAAACAAAUCAUUGGUAGCCCUUGGAAAUGUUAUUUCCUCUUUGGCUGAAAAUUACAAAAUCGGAGAAAAUUCAAAGGAUUAUUCCAUUUUAAAAUCGUGGCAACCUUUUGUACCCUAUAGAGAAUCAAUAUUAACGUGGCUAUUAAAGGAUACUUUGGGAGGAAAUUCAAAGACUAUAAUGAUAGCGACUGUUUCUCCCGCUAGCAGUUGUUUAAAUGAAACAAUUAAUACAUUAAGGUACGCAAAAAGAACGAGAAGAAUAAUGAAUCAGCCUGUUGUUAAUGAAGAUCCUAAAACGAAAAUUAUUAGAGAAUUGAGAAAAGAAAUUUCGAAAUUGAAAUCACUUUUAUCAGUUAUGUUAUAA